UCGAUUAUAACAAAAGUUAUGGACAAAAAACGGCUAUACUCAAACGGCCAAUUCUCAAACGGGCUUUUCCAGUUUUUCGGAAAAUUUUUAAUUUUUUAUUUAAUUCAAAUCCAAUCUUCUUUGUUAAUAAUUAAACUUUUAGAUCAAUAUCCCUGUUCUUCAAUCUCAUCAAAUAAAGCAAUUCCUUCAAAUAUGUCUGAACAACAUAAACUUUUAACCCCGACAGUCUCUUCUGCUUCAUCUUCUUCUAUUUCUGUUGUUCCUGCUACUCCGUCGCCAUCACCAUCUCAUAAAUCUGCUGAAGUGCGAAAAAAUGUUUCAACAGAAAGCUCUUCUAAACAAAAUAAAUUUCAACGAAAACGAAAAUUGCAAUCAUCUUCUAGUACUAGCCAAUCGCCAAUUCCGUUAACUGUCUCAUCGAAUCUCAACUCUAGUCUCCCAACUUCAAAGCAGACUUUGCCAUCUACUUCAGAAAAAGGAGAACAAAGGAAGGCACAUUUGAGUAUCCCAUCAAAAGCUGAACAACAAAAACUCGUUCCUUUGGAUCCAAAUAAUCGAAAGGUUGCACUCCAACUUCGGCAAACAAGACUGAAAAGAAUUCAUGCAGAAUAUGUCAAAAUUUGUGUGAAUGAUCCAAAAAUGGCUAUUGAGAGUGCACAGCAUGAAGAAAAAUUGGUUAUUGACCUUUGUGUCAACAAAAUGGCUUAUACAUCAGCCAUACCCAAUGUAAUUGAUCGAUUGCGAGAUUUCAUUUUAGAUAGUGCGGACCCAAAAAGAAACCAAGGUCAUCGUUAUAAUUCAGCUUAUGGACUGCAGCUUGUUGCUCAAAAUUUUUACAACGGAUUGGAAGUAUAUAUACUUUCUGAUGAUCAGCUAUGGGAAAACGGCUAUCCAAGAUGGACUACAUUAACCCAGGAAAUUGAUGACGAUUUUGAUUCAUCUGAUGAAAGGCCUAGAAAUAUUGUUGAAAUCCGACAAUCUGAAUUGGAUUCAUCUAAGGGUCACAGCAAGUUGUUCAUAUCUGAUGAUGAUUUAAAACGUGUUUGCUCUCGCUGUGGAAUUGAAUACCAAUUAACGCCAAAUGGGGCUUAUGUUUCCUCUGAGGAAUGUAUUUAUCAUUGGGGACGAGCUUUGAAGGAAAAGAGUGUUGUUGAAGCUCGUUAUACUUGUUGCCAAUCUACUUUAGGUGUUCGUGGAUGCAUUGUUGCUGGAAUGCAUGUAACACAAACUUUGAGACUUAGUACUUUGGAACAAUAUGUGAGUACACCAAAACCCUGUGGAGUAGAAGAUCCUAGAUCUACAAAAGUUUAUGCAAUGGAUUGUGAAAUGGUCUAUUCAAAUUGGGGUCCAGAAGUCGCUCGUGUUUCCGUUGUUGGUCGUCUUGAAGAAUUAGUUAUGGAUGUAUUUAUUCGGCCAGAAAAUACUUUAAUUGACUGCAAUACUAGAUUUAGUGGAUUAGAUGGAUAUCAAAUUCUCACAGCAGAGUGCACUCUGGAUAAAGCACGCGAACGCUUAUUUGAAUUGAUCAACUCUGAAACAAUUUUAAUAGGGCAUUCACUUGAAAGAGUUUUGCGUGCAUUACGCCUUGUACAUACUCGUGUUGUGGAUACUAGCGUUGUUUUUCCUCAUCCAAAUGGCCUUCCGCAAAAGAGAGCACUUAAAACAUUAGCUUCUGAAAUUCUUCAAAUAAUCAUUCAAGAGGAAGAAGGUGGUCACGACAGUAAAGAAGAUGCAUUGACCUGCAUGAGAAUUAUGUUGAGGAAAGUACGUGCUGUAGAAGGCUGA